AUGGUGAAUCUACUCUCUCCCGUCUUUGGUCUUAUGAUCUCGGCUUCCUUAGCUAGCCCUUUGGAUACGAUGAGCCAGCCUGAGCAUAAUUGUGGUAUCCAGACCAUCAGCACAGAGGAGCCCGGACUGUUUAAGCGGCAGAGGUCUCAGCCCGACAACGGAGAAGUCAUCAAUUUGGGAUGUGUUGUGCAUUUAUGCUGUGGCCAGGGCGGAGAAUGUCCCUCGGACGAUGUUGCUCAGAAGGCUGUUGACUUUAUGAACUCUGUCCUCGACGGGGCCAAAAUCAAGUUUAACCUUGGCAACGUUUCACGAAUCGAUAAUGUUCGCUGCAAUGCUGGCUUGACCGAUAACCAGGCUAUGGAUAGCUUGAAGGCUGAAGUCCAUCAGGGCAAUACGAGCACUCUCAACCUUGUUUACGUGCCGACAAAUCAGGGCCCAGGCGUUAAGGGCGUAUGCGUUCUACCGCAACCUGGCGACGACAUUGCCUCAAAUAUUGGCAGCAAGGACGGAUGCGUUGUCGCUGCGGACACUCUUACUGACAACAGCGGAGCUUCGAUAACGACUACGCAUGAGAUGGGCCACUGGCUCAGCCUUCCCCAUGUGAACGGAGGAGGCCAAUCGCGGGGUGGUGGCCCAUUUAACAGGGUUUCUAGCGGUCAUCUUAGACGGCAAAGCGGCGGUGGCGAAGGAAACGUUAUGGAGCCUGUGUCAUCGCCAGGCAAGCAGUACACAUUCAGCCAAGAUCAAUUCAUACAGAUGCGCCAGGUAGCGCUAAGUCGCUUAAAUGAUCAAGAAGUCCCGCUAAUUCACGUUGCCCGGCGUGCGGGAUGGUAG